AUAAUGGUGAUGAAGCUACUGAAGAGAAAAAGUGCAUGUUGACAGCAAUGUGGGGCUGUGAGGCCAAGCAACCCCUCAAGGUUGAUAUGCCAGAUAUACUAUGUCAAAAAGUUUUAAAUUUAUCAGAAGCUAUUUCUUGGAGCCAGUUAAAAGUCCGUCCAUUUCAGUCAUUGUUGCUUUCAUCAUCAUUAAAUAAUCCUCAUUUUCCUACUAUUCAUUCAGCUUUAAAUGAUCUUCCAAAAAAGCCUUGUGUACUUCUGGAACAUGAAAAAAAAGAACAGCCUUCAUCAUUUCAAAAACGUCUUUUGGCUGUUGUGCCUUUAUCUUCACAAAAGCCUGUGACAACCAAAAAUAUAACAAAGUUUUCUUUAAUAUUAUGCCCUUUGAAAAAGGCUUACAAAUCUAAUUCUAUGAAUGGUGAACCUGUCCUCUCUGAGGAGAAACGGAGAUCUAGGAGAAGGCAGAAAAUUAGGAGUGAUUCCAUGACAUCAAGCCUGCCUAGAAAAAAGCAUUUAGAAAUUGAAAACCGACGCUCAUCUUCACUCUCGGCUCCAGUUCGUAAGAAACUUCCUGAACUUACUGUUACUCAACCAGAAGAGGAUGCAAAACCACCUCAGCGAGCUGCUAGUCAUUCUUUUCUUGAUGUACUUUUCCAACGAAGACGUUCUUCAGAAGGAUCAAACAAAAGGAGUCCAUCACAUUCUCGAAAUUCAUCUCCAGGUCCUGAAUUUAGAAAAGCAUAUCUAUUGGAAAAGACAUCUUCUCUUUCUAGUCAAGAGGACCUUUCCAAUCAGUCGUUUAAUCAAGACUUAGAUGUGUCUGAUGUCAGUGAGGAUGAAAGUAUGGAUUUCAAAGCAUUGGGAGAGUACUCAAUUUCAACUGUCCUUCAAGAGAAUCUUCGAACAUCACUAAUUGAUGUUGAUGCUACAGAAGAUGAUCAGAAAAGAAUAAGUGGUGGAUGGAUGUACAAGGAAACAAAUAAAGACAUUUCUGUUUUUAAGAAGAUCACAUCCUUUGAUUCUUGUGUUGUCAUGAGCUACUUGUGUAAAGGGAUUAUAGCUUCACCUCAGAAUGUGGUUUGGAGAACUCUUUGUAAUCCUCUAACACGCUUCAUGUAUGAUGAUACUGCAAAACGAAUAACUGUUUUGCAUGAGUAUCCUCAUGGACAGAAGUUAAUCCAUAUGUGUAAUGAGUCUGUAACCCUUCUUCACAAAGAAGUUCAGGAUUUUUGCAUUCUACAAACAGAAAAAAAAGAGGGAUCUAAGUUUAUAUUAGGUUUUCACUCCGUUAAAACUAAUGCUUGCCCUCCUGUUAAAGAUGUUAUUCGGGGCACUGUUAUUGCAAGUGGAUGGGUAGUGGAACCAAUGAAAGAUAAUGCCAAUUCUUGUCAAGUUUCUUAUCUUGUUCAGAUGAUUGUCAGUAGUCCAGAAAUAAGUGCCAUGGAAGAAAUAAGCAACAUUCAGUCACAAUGUAUAAAUAAUUUAAGUCUUAUUUAUCUACGAAACCAGCAUUUGUUCAAGGCAAAUAGCUAUUCAAUUAUUAGAAAUGUAAAACUCACCAAAUUGUAGGACUGUUUGACACUUUCUGCCGUACAAAUAUUGUUUUUCUAUUUUUAGAACAAAUAUUUUAAUAUACCUUACUUUUAAAGUAUUUUUAAUUCUUAAUGUUGGUUUUUAUAUACAUAGAUGUUUUUGCAUGUUAAUUUUUUAUAUUGAAUAUUGUAUAAUAUUGAUUCAAACAUUCAACAAUAUCACUUGUGAGGAGGGGAGAGAAAUUUAAGAAAUAGUAUAUUAUAAUAAAAGAAUGAUGUGUUAAAUUCCACCAGAAAUAUUUAAUUUUACAUCUCUAUGCAUGAAAUUAAAUUGCAUUUUAAAAUGUUUGAUAUGACAAAUAUAUACUUAGGGAAUUUCUUAACAUCAAUAACCUAAACAUGUUAUUUCAGGUGUGAUUUACUUCAUAAUUUUAGUGAUAAAUUUUUGCAGAAGUUUUUAUGUUUACUGUUAUCAUUUAU